AUGGCAGCACGGCUGCUUGCACCACCAGGCCCUGAUAGUUUCAAGCCUUUCACCCCUGAGUCACUGGCAAACAUUGAGAGGCGCAUUGCUGAGAGCAAGCUCAAGAAACCGCCAAAGGCCGAUGGCAGUCAUCGGGAGGAUGAUGAGGACAGCAAGCCCAAGCCAAACAGUGACCUGGAAGCAGGGAAGAGUUUGCCUUUCAUCUAUGGGGACAUCCCUCAAGGCCUGGUUGCGGUUCCCCUGGAGGACUUUGACCCAUACUAUUUGACACAGAAAACCUUUGUAGUAUUAAACAGAGGGAAAACUCUCUUCAGAUUUAGUGCCACGCCUGCCUUGUACAUUUUAAGUCCUUUUAACCUGAUAAGAAGAAUAGCUAUUAAAAUUUUGAUACAUUCAGUAUUUAGCAUGAUCAUUAUGUGCACUAUUUUGACCAACUGUGUAUUCAUGACUUUUAGUAACCCUCCUGACUGGUCGAAGAAUGUGGAGUACACGUUCACAGGGAUUUAUACAUUUGAAUCACUAGUGAAAAUUAUUGCAAGAGGUUUCUGCAUAGAUGGCUUUACAUUUUUACGGGAUCCAUGGAACUGGUUAGAUUUCAGUGUCAUCAUGAUGGCAUAUGUGACAGAGUUUGUGGACCUGGGCAAUGUCUCAGCGCUGAGAACAUUCAGGGUUCUCCGAGCUUUGAAAACUAUCUCUGUAAUUCCAGGCCUGAAGACAAUUGUGGGCGCCCUGAUUCAGUCUGUGAAGAAACUGUCAGAUGUGAUGAUCUUGACAGUGUUCUGCCUGAGUGUUUUUGCCUUGAUUGGACUGCAGCUGUUCAUGGGCAACCUGCGAAACAAGUGUGUUGUGUGGCCCAUAAACUUCAACGAGAGCUAUCUUGAAAAUGGCACCAAAGGCUUUGACUGGGAAGAGUAUAUCAACAAUAAAACAAAUUUUUACAUGGUUCCUGGCAUGCUGGAACCUUUACUCUGUGGGAACAGUUCUGAUGCUGGGCAAUGCCCAGAGGGAUACCAGUGUAUGAAAGCAGGAAGGAACCCCAACUAUGGUUACACAAGCUUUGACACUUUUAGCUGGGCCUUCUUGGCAUUAUUUCGCCUUAUGACCCAGGACUACUGGGAAAACUUGUAUCAAUUGACCUUACGAGCAGCUGGGAAAACAUACAUGAUCUUCUUUGUCUUGGUCAUCUUUGUGGGUUCUUUCUAUCUGGUGAACUUGAUCUUGGCUGUGGUGGCCAUGGCUUAUGAAGAGCAGAAUCAAGCAACAUUGGAGGAGGCAGAACAAAAAGAGGCUGAGUUCAAAGCAAUGCUGGAGCAGCUUAAGAAGCAGCAGGAAGAGGCACAGGCUGCUGCAAUGGCCACUUCAGCAGGAACUGUCUCAGAAGAUGCCAUAGAAGAGGAAGGUGAAGAAGGGGGCUCUCCUCGGAGCUCAUCUGAAAUUUCUAAACUCAGUUCAAAGAGUGCCAAGGAAAGACGCAACAGGAGGAAAAAGAGGAAGCAAAAGGAACUCUCUGAAGGAGAGGAGAAAGGGGAUCCUGAGAAGGUGUUUAAGUCAGAGUCAGAAGAUGGUAUGAGGAGGAAGGGCUUUCGGCUGCCAGACAACAGAAUAGGGAGGAAAUUUUCCAUCAUGAAUCAGUCCCUGCUCAGCAUCCCGGGCUCGCCCUUCCUCUCCCGCCACAACAGCAAGAGCAGCAUCUUCAGUUUCCGGGGCCCUGGGCGGUUCCGAGACCCGGGCUCCGAGAACGAGUUUGCGGACGAUGAGCACAGCACGGUCGAGGAGAGCGAAGGCCGCCGGGACUCGCUCUUCAUCCCCAUCCGGGCCCGCGAGCGCCGCAGCAGCUACAGCGGCUACAGCGGCUACAGCCAGGGCAGCCGCUCCUCGCGCAUCUUCCCCAGCCUGCGGCGCAGCGUCAAGCGCAACAGCACGGUGGACUGCAACGGCGUGGUGUCCCUCAUCGGCGGCCCCGGCUCCCACAUCGGCGGGCGUCUCCUGCCAGAGGCUACAACUGAGGUGGAAAUUAAGAAGAAAGGCCCUGGAUCUCUUUUAGUUUCCAUGGACCAACUGGCCUCCUAUGGGCGGAAGGACAGAAUCAACAGUAUAAUGAGUGUUGUUACAAAUACACUAGUAGAAGAGCUGGAAGAAUCACAAAGGAAGUGCCCGCCAUGCUGGUACAAAUUUGCCAAUACUUUCCUCAUCUGGGAAUGUCACCCCUACUGGAUAAAACUGAAAGAAAUUGUGAACUUGAUUGUUAUGGACCCUUUUGUGGACUUGGCCAUUACCAUCUGCAUUGUCCUGAAUACACUAUUUAUGGCAAUGGAACACCAUCCUAUGACGCCACAGUUUGAACAUGUUUUGGCUGUGGGAAAUCUGGUUUUCACUGGAAUUUUCACAGCAGAAAUGUUCCUGAAGCUCAUAGCCAUGGAUCCCUACUAUUAUUUCCAGGAAGGCUGGAACAUUUUUGAUGGAUUUAUUGUCUCCCUCAGUUUAAUGGAACUGAGUCUAGCAGACGUGGAGGGGCUCUCAGUGCUGCGAUCUUUCCGAUUGCUCCGAGUCUUCAAAUUGGCCAAAUCCUGGCCCACACUGAACAUGCUGAUCAAGAUUAUUGGAAAUUCAGUGGGUGCCCUGGGCAACCUGACCCUGGUGCUGGCCAUUAUUGUCUUCAUCUUUGCUGUGGUGGGGAUGCAACUUUUUGGGAAAAGCUACAAAGAGUGUGUCUGCAAGAUCAGCCAGGACUGUGAACUCCCUCGUUGGCACAUGAAUGACUUUUUCCAUUCCUUCCUCAUUGUCUUUCGAGUGUUGUGCGGGGAGUGGAUUGAGACCAUGUGGGACUGCAUGGAGGUGGCAGGCCAGGCCAUGUGCCUCAUUGUCUUUAUGAUGGUCAUGGUUAUUGGCAACUUGGUGGUACUGAACUUGUUUCUGGCCUUGCUCCUGAGCUCCUUCAGUGCAGACAAUCUGGCGGCCACUGAUGACGAUGGGGAAAUGAACAACCUACAGAUCUCAGUAAUCCGCAUCAAGAAGGGUGUGGCUUGGAUCAAAUUGAAAGUGCAUGCUUUCAUGCAGGCCCAUUUUAAGCAGCGUGAGGCCGAUGAAGUGAAACCUCUGGAUGAGUUGUAUGAAAAGAAGGCCAACUGUAUUGCCAACCACACUGGGGCAGACAUCCACCGUAACGGUGACUUCCAGAAGAAUGGCAAUGGCACAACCAGCGGCAUUGGCAGCAGUGUGGAGAAGUACAUCAUUGAUGAGGACCAUAUGUCCUUCAUCAACAAUCCCAACUUGACCGUGAGGGUGCCCAUUGCGGUAGGCGAGUCUGAUUUUGAGAACCUCAACACAGAGGACGUUAGCAGUGAAUCGGAUCCUGAAGGCAGCAAAGAUAAACUGGAUGAUACCAGCUCCUCUGAAGGAAGUACCAUUGAUAUCAAACCAGAAGUAGAAGAAGUCCCUGUGGAACAGCCUGAGGAGUACCUGGAUCCGGACGCUUGCUUCACAGAAGGUUGUGUCCAGAGGUUCAAAUGCUGCCAGGUCAACAUUGAGGAAGGGCUAGGCAAGUCUUGGUGGAUCCUGCGGAAAACCUGCUUUCUCAUCGUGGAGCACAAUUGGUUUGAGACCUUCAUCAUCUUCAUGAUCCUGCUCAGCAGUGGCGCCCUGGCCUUUGAGGACAUCUACAUUGAGCAGAGAAAGACCAUUCGUACCAUCCUGGAAUAUGCAGACAAAGUCUUCACCUACAUCUUCAUUCUGGAGAUGCUGCUCAAGUGGACAGCCUAUGGCUUUGUCAAGUUCUUCACCAACGCCUGGUGCUGGCUGGACUUCCUCAUCGUGGCUGUCUCUUUAGUCAGCCUUAUAGCUAAUGCCCUGGGCUACUCGGAACUAGGUGCCAUAAAGUCCCUUAGGACCCUAAGAGCUUUGAGACCCUUAAGAGCCUUAUCACGAUUUGAAGGGAUGAGGGUGGUGGUGAAUGCCUUGGUGGGCGCCAUCCCCUCCAUCAUGAAUGUGCUGCUGGUGUGUCUCAUCUUCUGGCUGAUUUUCAGCAUCAUGGGAGUUAACCUGUUUGCUGGAAAGUACCACUAUUGUUUUAAUGAGACUUCUGAAAUCCGAUUUGAAAUUGAAGAUGUCAACAAUAAAACUGACUGUGAAAGGCUCAUGGAGGGGAACAAUACAGAGAUCAGAUGGAAGAACGUGAAGAUCAACUUUGACAACGUUGGAGCAGGAUACCUGGCCCUUCUCCAAGUGGCAACCUUCAAAGGCUGGAUGGACAUCAUGUAUGCAGCUGUAGAUUCCCGAAAGCCUGAUGAGCAGCCUAAGUAUGAGGACAACAUCUACAUGUACAUCUACUUUGUCAUCUUCAUCAUCUUCGGCUCCUUCUUCACCCUGAACCUGUUCAUUGGUGUCAUCAUUGAUAACUUCAAUCAACAAAAGAAAAAGUUUGGAGGUCAGGACAUCUUCAUGACCGAGGAACAGAAGAAAUACUACAAUGCCAUGAAAAAGCUGGGCUCAAAGAAACCACAGAAACCCAUUCCCCGCCCCGUGAACAAAAUCCAAGGUAUCAUCUUUGAUUUUGUCACUCAGCAAGCCUUUGACAUUGUUAUCAUGAUGCUCAUCUGCCUUAACAUGGUGACAAUGAUGGUGGAGACAGAUACUCAGAGCAAGCAGAUGGAGAACAUUCUCUACUGGAUUAAUCUGGUCUUUGUCAUCUUCUUCACCUGUGAGUGUGUACUCAAAAUGUUUGCCUUGAGGCACUACUACUUCACCAUUGGCUGGAACAUCUUCGACUUUGUGGUAGUCAUCCUCUCCAUUGUGGGAAUGUUCCUGGCUGAUAUAAUUGAGAAGUACUUUGUUUCCCCAACCCUAUUCCGAGUCAUCCGAUUGGCCCGAAUUGGGCGCAUCUUGCGUCUGAUCAAAGGCGCCAAAGGGAUUCGUACCCUGCUCUUUGCCUUAAUGAUGUCCUUGCCUGCCCUCUUCAACAUUGGCCUUCUGCUCUUCCUGGUCAUGUUCAUCUUCUCCAUCUUUGGGAUGUCCAAUUUUGCAUAUGUGAAGCACGAGGCUGGCAUUGAUGACAUGUUCAACUUUGAGACAUUUGGCAACAGCAUGAUCUGCCUAUUUCAGAUCACAACCUCGGCUGGUUGGGAUGGCCUGCUGCUGCCCAUCCUAAACCGCCCCCCUGACUGCAGUCUAGAUAAGGAACACCCAGGGAGUGGCUUUAAGGGAGACUGUGGGAACCCCUCAGUAGGCAUCUUCUUCUUUGUAAGCUACAUCAUCAUCUCCUUCCUAAUUGUUGUGAACAUGUACAUUGCCAUCAUCUUGGAGAACUUCAGUGUAGCCACAGAGGAAAGUGCAGACCCUCUGAGUGAGGACGACUUUGAGACCUUCUAUGAGAUCUGGGAGAAGUUUGACCCCGAUGCCACCCAAUUCAUCGAGUACUGUAAGCUGGCAGACUUUGCAGAUGCCUUAGAGCAUCCUCUCCGAGUGCCCAAGCCCAAUACCAUUGAGCUUAUCGCCAUGGAUCUGCCAAUGGUGAGUGGGGAUCGCAUCCACUGCUUGGACAUUCUUUUUGCCUUCACCAAGCGGGUCCUGGGAGAUAGUGGGGAGUUGGACAUCCUGCGGCAGCAGAUGGAGGAGCGGUUCGUGGCAUCCAAUCCUUCCAAAGUGUCUUACGAGCCGAUCACAACCACACUACGGCGCAAACAGGAGGAGGUAUCUGCAGUCGUCUUGCAGCGCGCCUACCGGGGACAUUUGGCAAGGCGGGGCUUCAUCUGCAAAAAGACAACUUCCAAUAAGCUGGAGAAUGGAGGCACACACCGGGAGAAAAAAGAAAGCACCCCAUCUACAGCCUCCCUGCCAUCCUAUGACAGUGUAACUAAACCUGAAAAGGAGAAACAGCAGCGGGCAGAAGAAGGAAGAAGGGAAAGGGCCAAAAGACAAAAAGAGGUCAGAGAAUCCAAGUGUUAG